CCUGGGAUUGAACCCACGACCCUCCGGUCAAGAGUCCAGAGCCCUGACCGCUACUCCACACUGCUGCCCGUAUAUCAAAAUAUAUAGGCAGAAGAUUAUAUGCGUUUUAGAAAUGUGUGCUGUAUCACGCGUGCAUAUAGCUGCAGAUAUUGCAUUGAAGACGUCGAUAAAGAAAGCUAUUGCAUUGCAGACUUAAGUAUUUGUAAAGAAAUUAUUUUUUAUUAACCCGUAAAAUACUAUUUAAAACACGUGCUGCGUGCAGACAGACCGCAUUGACCCCUCUGGUGCACGAAAUAUUGAAAACAGCUGACAAAGCAAACACUGGUUUUGAACACGUGGUACAUUUAUUUAUGUAUUUUUUUAUAUUCGUUUCAAUUACUUUAUAUGGGGGGAAGGCAUCCGUCUCAUAUGUGAGGCUGUCGUGCAUGAAAUGGUAAAAAAAAUCUAAAAUAAAAUAACACUGCGCAUUUAAAGUCCAGACCCUGGCACUAAACAUUCGCUGAAGCCUGAUUUUCAGCGUGAAACCGAAAGCGGUAUUAUUUGCGCACACACACGCACACUCCGCAAAUCGGUUUAAAGCGUUAAUUUUGAAAUUUCACGCCUUCGAUUUUAAACGCUACACUCCAGCUGGCCGCUAGGGGUCGUGUGUUGAUUAAGAAUCCGUGACCUCGACCGAGUUUACGAGGCUCAUUCUUCAGCGAAGUACAAAGAGCAGAUUGCGUUGCAAGCACCGACAUGGCUCGGUAAACAUACAGCUGUUCAAAGCCUCGUCGCUGCUUUUUAGUUCCGCUUGUUUGUACCCCGACCUCCUUCGUUCGGUUCCGUUCCUAAGAGUCUUUUCCGACCGGCUUGUGCUGCCCUUUCCGAACUCAGCAGGACCCUGAGGCGGGAUGCACUUUUCAGAGUUCAUCGCGGGAUGGAUUUCGGGUGCUGUGGGGUUGGUGGUCGGACAUCCCAUGGACACGAUCAAGGUUCGACUGCAGACUCAGUUGAAGUACAGAGGGAUUAUAGACUGCAUGAUCAAGAUCUACAAACAUGAGCGAAUUCCUGGAUUUUUCAAAGGAAUGAGUUUCCCAGUCCUCAGUGUUGCUGUGGGCAACGCAGUGGUUUUCAGUUCCUAUAGCAACGCCCUGGAGUUCAUCAGCCAAUCACAGCGCAGUGACAGAAGCUCCUCCCCUUCCUCUGUGGAGAUAUUUGUGGCUGGCUGUUUUUCAGGGGCUGCUCAGGUUCUGGUGAUGGCGCCGGUGGACUUGGUGAAGGUCCGACUGCAGAACCAGAGCCACCCUCACCAGUCCGUGAGCGGGGGUGGGGCGGGGGGGCCCCAGUACAGGGGCCCGGUUCACUGCGUGGCCUCCAUCCUGCGGCAGGAGGGGGUCCCGGGGCUGUACCGGGGUGUGGGGGCCCUGGCCCUGCGAGACAUCCCCUGCUACGGACUGUACUUCCUACCCUAUGAGCUGCUGUGCCGGACCCUGACUGAGGAGGGACAUCAGCCAGGCACGGCGACGGUCCUGGUGGCAGGGGGCUGUGCGGGCGUGGUCACCUGGAGCUGUGCCACGCCCAUGGACGUGGUGAAGGCGCGGCUGCAGAUGGAGGGGGUGCAGGGGCAGCGGUACGGGGGCGUGCUGGCCUGCGUGAGGGAGAGCGUGAGGGCGGAGGGGGGCGCCGUGCUGUUCAAGGGGCUCCUGGCGAACAGCGUCCGCGCCUUUCCCGUCAACGCUGUCACCUUCCUGACCUACGAGAGCCUGCUGAGGGGCAUGCAGUGACCGCCCCUUUAAGGGAUGACGUCGCCACCGUCCGCGCCCCUUUAAGAAAUGACAUCACAGCCGCCACCCAUUCCUGUCAGAGAUGACAUCAUAGCCAUCAUUGCUGUAAUUAAUGAGGCAGAACUGAAUUCCACGCUCCUUUUGAAGAGGUGGCACCUGCUCCAUUUUAGACUGGCUGGUGACGCACGGAGACUGUUUGACAGCCCGGGCACGGAGAGCAGCGCUACGGAAAGCCUUUUACUGCAAACAAAAUCAUGUUUUUUGCGAAUGGUUUUACUAAACUUGGGGAUUAAACCAAAAAAUGGACACUUAAA